AUGAGGAUCAAAGAGGAGGAAAUUCCUCCAGAGACCAAUACAGGUGGACCCAGUAAUAAAAAUACAUCAGUACGUUAUCCCCACCCUCUGUAUUCCCGGGAUUCCAUACAAGAACAUCAGAAGAGCUCUGUGGAACACAAGAAAGAAAGUCUGAGUGAAUUUAUAACUGAAGAUGUAGAUGAUGCCAAGACAUAUGUGUGGGACAAUGUACCGUUUAAGGAGGAGGAAACCCCACCAGAGAUGAGCACAGACCCCGGAGACACUCAGAGGGACAUCAAAGCUGAGGAGGAGGAAGAAGGACAUGUGAGGAUCAAAGAGGAGGACAUUCCAUUAGAGAUCAACAGAGCUGGUGACAUAGAGGACGAGGAAAUCACAUCCAAUUCUUCAGAAGAAAGGUCCAUGACCCCAAAUCUCCAUCCAGCACCUCACUGUGCCAGUUUAUCGUCUGAUCCCUCCACACAUGGUCAGAGUUUUAUCGAUCCCUCAUGUCGUGACGCCAUUGAGCCUUCUGAACGUUUGGCCAAGAGCGAUGAGCGUAUUUCAGACCGAAGUGCUCCGGAAGGGAAGAAACCAUGUCCACGCUCCAAGCCUCAGAAUCGUAUUCUCCAGGAGUCGCAUCGUCCCGCACAAGAAAAAGGGCAAAAUGCAGAGAAACCAUUUUCGUGUUCGGAAUGUGAGAAAUGUUUUACACGGCGAUUCAGCCUUAUCGUCCAUCAGAGAACUCACACGGGCGUGAAGCCAUUUUCGUGUACGGAGUGCGGGAAGUGUUUUGCCCAGAGGUCAAACCUUGCGGCCCAUCGGAGAACUCACUCAGGGGAAAAGCCUUUCUCUUGUACCCAUUGCGAAUGCGGGAAAGGUUUCACUUGGAGAACCAGGCUUAUGGUUCACCAGAGAACUCACACGGGGGAGAAACCUUACUCGUGUUCAGAGUGCGGGAAGCGGUUUUAUUUCAAGUACUUGCUUCACGAACACCGUAGAGCCCACACGGGUGAGAAACCUUUUUCCUGUUCGGAAUGUGGGAAACGUUUCACCUGGCGAACCAGGCUUAUCGUACACCAGAGAACUCACACAGGGGAAAAGCCCUAUUCCUGUUCGGAAUGUGGAAAGUGCUUUUAUUUUCGAUAUUUACUUAUCGAACACCAUAGAACUCACACGGGAGAGAAGCCGUUUUCAUGUACAGAAUGUGGAAAGUGUUUCUCCCAGAAGGAAUGUCUUAUCUCCCACCAGAGGACUCAUACCAGGGAGAAACCUUACUUGUGUACGGAAUGCGGGAAGUGUUUUUCUUCUAAACAUUUACUGACUGUUCACCAUAGAGCACACACCGGAGAAAAGCCCUAUUUGUGUUCGGAAUGUGGGAAGGGUUUCGCUAAAAGAGCAUACCUUGCUAUGCAUCAGACGACUCACACCGCAAUCAAGCCAUUUUCUUGCUCCAAAUGCGGGAAAUGUUUUAGUCGUAAAUCAACUCUUCUAACGCAUGAAAAAACUCACACGCGGGAGAAGGUUUAUCCCUGUUUGGAAUGUGGGAAAUGUUUUACCGAGAAAGGUAAUCUAGCAGCACAUCAGGCGGUUCACACCGGCAAUCUCCCGUAUUCCUGUUCCGAGUGUGGGAAAGGUUUUACCAACAAAUCAAAUCUGGCGGCCCAUAAUCGCGUCCACACCGGAGUGAAGCCCUAUUCUUGCUCCGAAUGCGGGAAACACUUUACUCGGAGGUCGUCUCUGUUGAGGCACGGGAAAGUUCACACGGGGGAGAAACCAUAUUCGUGUCCCGAUUGUGGUAAACACUUUGCCGAAAAGUCAUGGCUGGUCAGACACCAGAGAUCUCACACGGGGGAGAUGCCAUUUUCUUGUUCCAAAUGCGGGGAAUGUUUUUCUUGGAAGUCGUCGCUCGUCAGGCAUGAGAGAGCUCAUAAGGGGGAGAAGCCAUAUUGGUGCUCAGAAUGUGGGAAAAGCCUCUCCAACAAAGGAAGCCUCAGGGUACAUCUUCGAAGUCACACUGGAGAGAAGCCUUACCCAUGUUCUGAAUGUGGGAAAUGUUUUACCAAUAAGGGUGAUUUAGAAAAGCACAAAUGGGUCCACAUUGACUAUAGACCGCAUGCUUGUAGCGAAUGUGGGAAAACGUUUAGAACUAGGUCCAGUUUAAUGAUUCAUUCCAGAACUCACACAGGAGAGCGUCCUUUUCCUUGCCCUGUAUGUGGGAAGUGUUUCAUCAAGAAGUCCAAGCUUUCCAACCACCAACUAGUUCACUCAAGUGAAAGGCCUUUUUCCUGUUCAGUUUGUGGGAAAAGCUUUAAGGACAGGAGUCGAUGCAAGGUCCAUGAGAAAAGCCAUGCUGCUGAAAAGCCAUUCCCUUGUUCAGAAUGUGAAAAACGAUUCACUACGAAGUCAAAUCUUCAUAAGCAUCAGGAAAUUCACACAGGAGAAAGACGAUUUGAAUGUCAUGAAUGUGGUAAACGCUUUUUUGAACACUCUGCUCUGGUUGUACAUCUCAGAAGCCACACCGGGGAGCGGCCUUUUGAGUGUUCUGAAUGUGGGAAGACUUUUAUCACAAAAUCCCACCUCACUGUCCAUAAAAGAUUACACACGGGGGUAAAGCCCUUCUCAUGUACAGAAUGUGGUAAAUCCUUUAUUUGUAGACAAAUACUGGAGGAACAUCUCAGAGUCCACACAGGAGAGAAGCCCUACACGUGUUUGGAGUGUGGAAGGAGCUUCAGCACCAAAAAAAAACUUUCAAAGCAUGAGCUUUGCCACACCGGUGAGAAGCCAUUUGGCUGUACAAAGUGCGGGAAACAUUUUGCUCGUAAUGAUGAAUGCAAGAAGCAUAUGGUGAGCAAACAUUCCGAGAAGGGGAAAGAUAAGCAGUGA